UAUGCUUGUUACAUAAUGAAGGUUGGGGCUCCAAGUCGUUCCUGUUGGAUCAUGGUAAAGUUCCUUCUGCACGAUCAUUUAAUGGCGUGUCACAAGUUACAGUUACUUCUCACUCAAGAUUCUCUCGUGAAUACCCUUUCUCGUCAUCUGGUCUUGAAUACAGAUAUAAAUUUUUCUGGCCGACGUUUAGUUUUAGUCUCGUCGACGAUAUUGAGGUAUUUCCGAGCAUGCUCCUGCUCUCGGUGUCGGUCGCGCUCAAGCGUAGUAACGAACAGAAUCACGUCCUCGCCGAUUUUUUCUAUAGAGUUAGUGACAGAAGACUGA